UGGCUGUGUAGCGUUCUGUUCUUCGGGCAUCCCGCUAUUUAUUUGUCGAUAGGGAAGACACUGAUCAAGGUGGCAGAAGCAGAAAAGCGCCUGGGAGCCGCAGAGAGGGAUUUUAUCCACACGGCCUCCAUCAACUUCCUUACACCCCUGCGCACCUUCCUGGAAGGGGACUGGAAGACGAUUUCGAAGGAGAGGCGGCUCCUCCAUAACCGGCGUCUGGACCUGGAUGCCUGCAAAGCGCGGCUGAAGAAGGCCAAGGCCGCAGAAGCCAAAGCCACGGCGGUGCCUGACUUUCAGCAGACUAGACCUCGUAAUUACAUUCUCUCGGCCAGCGCCUCCGCGACUCUGGAUGACACUUCCCGCCCCCCUUCCUGGGCCGAGUGGAAAGAGGACUAUCCAGGAGGGUGGAGACGGCCCUGUUUUUUCCUUGUGCCUUUGAACCCCAGUGUGACUCGGGCACGAGGCUGCCUUUCUCUGCCGAAGGACAGAAAGCUCUGGAAUGAUGAGGUGGACAAGGCUGAGCAGGAGCUCCGAGUGGCCCAGACAGAGUUUGACCGGCAGGCAGAAGUGACCCGGCUCCUGCUGGAGGGAAUCAGUAGCACUCACGUGAACCACCUUCGCUGCCUCCAUGAGUUCGUUGAGUCUCAGACCACUUACUAUGCCCAGUGCUACCGCCACAUGCUGGACCUACAGAAACAGCUGGGCAGAUUUCCAGGCACCUUCGUGGGCACCACAGAGCCCGCUUCCCCGCCCCUCAGCAGCACCUCACCCACCACCGCCGCGGCCACUAUGCCUGGGGGGCCCUCUGUGGCCGGCCUGGCCCCUCCGGGGGAGGCCGCCCUCCGCCUGGAGGAGGUGGCGCCUCCCGCCAGCGGGACCCGGAAGGCCCGGGUCCUCUACGACUACGAGGCAGCCGACAGCAGCGAGCUGGCCCUGCUGGCUGACGAGCUCAUCACUGUCUACAGCCUGCCUGGCAUGGACCCUGACUGGCUCAUUGGCGAGAGAGGCAACAAGAAGGGCAAGGUCCCUGUCACCUACUUGGAACUGCUUAGCUAAGCAGAUGCCCUCCCAGGCCCCCUGCCCAUUCUGGCCUGGGCAGGAGAGGAUGGGUGCAGCCCUGCCACUUGUCUUGUCUGUUGGUGACCCAGCUGCUCAGGGUGGGGAAACCAACCCCAUCCCAUCCUGCCCCCGGUCCUCCAGC